UGCGCCAUGGGGUAUAGCGUCAACGCCUUGCGACAGUAUGCUAAGACCACUAUCACAAGGCUGAAUUGCCGUGCCAUGCUUUUUGUUCUUUCUGCGUUCGAAAAGUGAGUCAUUCUCUUUAUGUAUUGACGAGAAUUGCUUGUCCUCCUUGUGCUCUAACCGAGCUCGUUACAUGAGAGUAUAUAUGUUCUUUUUACGUUCUGUUCUAUUCAAACCUUCCCAGCUUUUGUUCUUCCAAAUAAGCUACCGCAACUCAGUGUUACUGGUCCAACAAGGUUCCGCAUCUAGAAAGGAGUGGUUUAUGAGAGUCUUGCUCCACCAGGUGUUGAACAUUUCUCGGUCGAUCCAAGCAUCAUAUUGAUGUCUAAACCGGCAUCUUCCGGCCUGACACCAGGCAUUCAUACCAUAACAACUUCUACAACACAGUUGACAACCAUAACAUCAGGCAUGGUCCACCUCCACGCCAGCUGUAUACUGUACGACGGCACACUCGCCACAUUUCUGCCUCCACUGAAUUACGACACGCUGUACGAGUGGUGGGAAGAGCAAGUCAAGGAGAUCGAACUUGGAAGACGACACAUAAUAGUCUCAGUGAGCGAAGUCUCUGAGCGCACCGGUCAUUUGCAAGCCCCGUGGCAUGGUGAGAGUAUAGACUGGCCUAUACUCGAGCGUGGCCUCGAAGUAUCCGGCGUAGUCAUGCUCGCUACGCCAUUCAGCCAGACCGGUCCGUUCCGCGCGACGGUCGAGAAACUGCUUGUCUCCCCACUGCAUAGACGGAGAGGCGUUGCGAGAGCAUUGAUGACCAAGUUGGAGGAUGUGGCGCUGCAGAAUGGACGGUGGAAUCUAAUGCUUGAUACGAUUGUUGGGACGGAGGCCGAGGGUGUUUAUCCAAAGCUUGGGUAUACGAGGUUUGGGGUUGUGGAGGAGUAUGGGUAUUCACCUCGGGACGGGAGUUUGGUGGAUGAGGUUUGGUUUUGGAAGGAUUUGAGGAAGACGAGGUUGGCAGGCAAGCGGGAGUAGCGGAGUAUGGAUAGGGAAGAAAAGAGUAGGGGAUAUUAACGAAUGAUAGACCUGAUGAACUCUGGCGAGGCGUCAAAAACAGGCGUUGGAGACGGGACACCGAGAGUUAUGGCAUGGAAAGCACGUUGUUCGACGGGAUGUCUUCGCAAGAUCGUACAAGGGUCUCGAGGACAUGGAGGUCAACUGGUCUCCCUUACCUACAUCCACCAGAAAGACCUUGUAGGAAAGGUUUUCGUCUUUUUGAGGAGCUGCAUCUUAGUGAUACAGACUGUUGUGGCCUGCAUCUGACAUACAUCACCGACGUAGCGACCAGACUCAGACAAAUAGUUGAAGAAGUUCUCACAUGCCUGAGCAGUCGUGAUGUCCCGAAAUAGUGGCAUCCAUCGGCGAGGCUGAGGUCUCUCGGCCGCGAUUGGCUCACAAAUAUUGCGAUCACGUGGUCUCGUUCAACUUCCCAAAUUUCGAACCUCAAAGCUCAAU